CUGCACCCAAAAUGCCCUUGACUCUAAUCUCCAUUCAUAAAAUAGUUGCAGUUAAAGUCAAGGUCAAGCAGAAAGAAGAUGGGGAAAUUGGAGGGAGAAGGUGUAGAAAGAAAGUUAAUAGGAAAUCAGUGCCGAAGAUAGUGUCCCAUAAGACCAAGAAACAGAGGAUUAAGAGGGAAAAUGGCCAUGAAGGAGUGGGGGUUAAUAAAAAGAAGGGUUUAGAUGUUGAAAAGAAAAAUUGGCCUCAAAUUGAAGUGAAAAUGAGAAAAUCAAGGGAAAAAUCAAAAAUAAGACAGAAAAGUGCUAUUCAGAGAAAAUAAGAUGGCUAAUAUUGAUACAAACACUUCUGAAGAGUCUCCUGCAGAAGUUAAAUUCAACAAUGAUUUUAUCAUAAAUGCAUAUAAGAAAGAAAAAGAUGAGCCCCGGGUUGUCAGGAUUAAUACCAUAGAUCCUUUAUCAUCUGAUAGUUACAACAGCUCUUUCAUCGAUGAAAUGUCUCCUAGCUAUGAUGCUACCGAUGAAUUCAAAAAUUCUGGUAAUGGAAAUGCCAUAAACAGUGUUAAUAACUUUAAUGAUAAAUAUGCACCAAAUAAGAAGCUAUCACAGGCCGAAAUGAUUAACCAAAUGUUCAGUCAAAGAAUCCGUUUCAAAAAAAAGGGCCAAAUUGCAGUAAUUCAAAAACAGCAGCUGAUUAAUCUCAAAGAAUCGCCUCUGACCAGAACCAAUAAGAACAAGAAGAAAAUAAAACUCCAGGCUAACAUUUCACCGAUCAACAUUGGCUAUAUCUCAGAGAGGGAUCUCAAAAUCAGAGGAAACCAAAAGCUCCGGAUAAAAACAAAUAUGGGCUUGCCUCCAAAGAACAGUAUCCAGAAUCUUUGCCAUGGGCCUUAUUCCACCAGUGGGGAUGAUACCUUAUCUGGGAAAUCUCAUGACUAUUCCUCAAGGAAAAUAGUCAUGCGAAAGAUGAAGCUUGAAAGUACUCCUCAGCCACAAUAUUCCUUAAGAACUUCUGACAAAGGAGAUCUGACUCGAUCUGUGAAUUCUAUCAACAGGCUCAAGCACCUAAAGAACUCUAUAUUCUCAAAGAGGAGUAGUAUGGCGGAUUAUAACUUUUCCACUGUCAGCAAACGGAAAGACAAGUUUAGCAAAUACCUAGUAUUCAACCCCUGGCAUGAAGCGCAUAAUGAGAAUAACUCAAUAAAACCAAAUCAAUUUUCUCUCCCGAAAAUACGAAAGAAUAGCAUCCAGAUAGACACAAAUGAAUCUCUUCCAUAUAAAAGUCUUGUUAUGGAUAAUGAGGAAUAUGAUACACAGACAAUUCCGAAACGAUCAGCAGCUAAGUCUCAUAGCCUUAAGCAUUUUGAAGUGGUCAAGGAGAAAUGACAGAAAUUUAUAACUUAACCUCAACUUGA